ACAACCGAAGCGAUAACAGCUAAAGCGAAAGCAAAAGCAAAAGCGAAAGUUACCUAUCAACAAAAGUACUUUGAAAAAGUAUCUUACUAAGGCAUCUAAUCUCAUAAAAGAUACAAAUUAAAGAAUCUAAAAGUUAGCUAGCUAAAGCGAAACUUACUUAUAAAAAAAGAAGUACUUUGAAAAAGAGUCUUUUUAAAGAAUCUUAUAAUACAAAAGAAACUUUAAAGAACCCUAUUAAAAAUGGCAAACCUACCGCUAUUGUUGAGCCUUGCCGACGAUUUGGGCCGCAUGUCGGUGGUGCCCUUCUAUGAGCCCUACUACAGCCAGCGGUCCAGGAAUCCCUACCUGGCAUUCGCAGUGCCUUUGGAACAGCAGUUGCGCCAGCUGGAGAAACACGUGGGCUCUUCGUCGGGAGCCUCGGGAGCAGUUUCGAAGAUCGGAAAGGAUGGCUUCCAGGUCUGCAUGGAUGUGUCGCACUUCAAGCCCAGCGAACUGGUGGUCAAGGUCCAGGACAACUCGGUCCUGGUGGAGGGAACCCAUGAGGAGCGCGAGGAUGACCAUGGCUUCAUCACCCGUCACUUCAUCAGGCGCUACGCUCUGCCCGAGGGCUAUGAGGCCGACAAGGUGGCCUCCACUCUGUCCUCCGAUGGCGUCCUAACCAUAACGGUUCCCAAGCCACCGGCAAUCGAGGACAAGGCCAACGAGCGCAUAGUCCAGAUUCAGCAGGUGGGUCCUGCCCACCUCAAUGUCAAGGAGAAUCCCAAAGAGAAUCCCAAGGAGCAGCCGGAGCAGGGCAAAGGCAAGGACAAGUAGGGCAUCCAUUCCCAAGGACUCGCUGUAUUUAACCAUUAUCAAAGUCAUUUAUCUGUUUUAUAAGCUGUAGUUAACCGGGGACACCCAACCAUACUAUAUAUAAGCCAUUAAGGGUGUCCUGCUUUAAUCUUAAUUUGGAAUUUAAAAUGUAUAUUACUGAGUUUCGCUGAAUUAAUAUUACCAAUAAAAAUAAAAUAGCUACUAUUACAAAUUUAAA